CAAAAAACUGACUGGCCUGCCACACUUCAUCAUCAUUAAAGUCAUUUUGCAAUUUUGGUGAAUUCAAACAUUUUACCGGGCAUUGAUUCCAAAGCGUAAUUUCACAUCUGAGGUUUAGACACGGGCCUCCCUCCGGCCAAUUUAUAUGAUGGCCGAGCCAACUGGGCGAUAAAACUGGCUGGCCUCUCAAUGAUUACUGGCUAUCUCUGUUCUCGAAUCUGGCUUUCAUGGGGGCAACUGGGCUGGCAGCGCUGGCGCACCCUGUGUUGUCUGACUGAUUGAGUGUGAACCAAUCCCGUCUCCCCUUGUUCUGUGUGAGUGUUACGAGGUCUUCAACGUCUCUGAGAGCCUUGAUUGAGCGAGACCGCCGUGGUCAGUGCCAAGAUGGCCACGGCUCAGUUGGCGUCCAUGUUGGACGAGCUCAUGGGUCGGAAUCGGAACGACGCGGAUGCUAAGGAAUUACUCUGGUCGGACGGGGACGUGUGCAAAUACUACCUGGUGGACUUCUGCCCGCAUGAGCUCUUCACCAACACCAAGGCCGAUUUGGGCCCGUGUGCCAAGAUCCACGACGACGAGCUCAAGAGCAAGUUUCAGGCCGAGAAGGAGUCCUCGUUCAAAAAGGCCCAGCACAUCGAGGAAUUCAUCCGUUUCUGUCAGCGGAUGUUGGUGGACCUCCAGAACCGCAUCAAGAAGGCCAAGGAGCGCUUGCUGCUCACCCAAAACGAGGAUGGCAUCCCCUACAACCUGAGCGGCCCGCAGAAGGAGAUGGCCGAUCAGAUCAGCUUGCUCAGCCAAAAGAUCACGGCCUUGGUCGAGGAGGCCGAGAAAGAAGGCUGUCAAGGUAACGUGGAGCAAGCCCAAGGACUCUUGAAGCUCUCGGACCAACUGAAAGAAGAGCGCGAUCAACUCAAGCGCGCCCUUAUUCCCAAUUACAAAGAGGAGUACGCCAACCACCAAAAGUCCAUGGAGGUGUGCGACACUUGCGGAGCCUUUCUCAUUGUGGGUGACGCCCAACAACGCAUCGAUGACCAUCUCAUGGGCAAGCAACAUUUGGGCUAUUCCCGACUCAAGGCUUCCCUUGACCGGAUCACGGAGGAGCGGCAAAAGUUCCGCGAGGAACGCGACCGCGAGCUGAAAGAGCGGCGAUUACAACGGGACAAGGAAGUAGACGAGCGACGGCGGAACCGUGAUAGUCAAAGUAGUGGGCGUUCCUCGGGUCGUCGCGAUCGAGACCGGGAACGGGAUCACCGUCGGAAUGGUGGAAGUCGGGAUCGGUCUCGGCCCCGGUCUAGCUCGAAGAAGCGGAAAAGUCGAAGUCGAAGCCGCGACCGAAAUCCUAAGCGAAGAAGUCGUUCGGGCGAGCGAGGAGGCCGGGACCACCGCAAUCGAAGUGAUCGUGACCGGGAUCGAACCCGGCGACGAUCCAAAGAGCGUCGACGGCGUUCCAGUCGCUCUCGUAGUAAGGAUAGGAAAGGCCGACGUCGGUCGAGGAGCCGCGAUCGAUCGAGCAAAUCAUCAUCCCGGACCAAUGACAAGGAGUAGGACCACGUUUUCUCGAAUCGGAAUCUUCUGCGUCUCUUGAGCUUGCCAAUCAUCUUAAAACAGACAGUGUUCCGGCUCUUUUCGGCCGCCAUGCCACAACAACCACUUUGAAGGUAUUCGAGAAUUACGCUAUGACCUUGUUGUAUACGAUGUUUUUUUUCGCUCCUGGGCACCCACCUAUCACCCCAUUGAAUCCCCCCAGCAACUCGAGCCGAAUCUUCCACUUCCGCCCACACACCUCCUGGGUGACUGGCUCUUGUGGAUGAUCUUCCAACUAUUUAACUAUUUUCACAAGUAAGUGCCUGUCAUUUGCUGCAAUGCUUUUCACAGCUCACACUAGUCUAGCCGAACCCACCCAUCUAUCUACCCAACAACAAUUGGAUGGUUAACUAUCCCAGGUCCUAGGCCAGGCAGCAGAGCAUCGAAGACACCACUGAGCAGAAAGCCAUCCAUGAGUCGGCACACCUUCCUAGCUUCAAAACGCAGCUAAUGACCCAAGUAAGUGCGAAUUCGUGGUCGUGGUAGAAAUUGCUCUCUUAAGACUAAGAGGUUUGAAUGAAUGAGCGUUUCUUUCGUUCUGAUUGGGUUGCUCCGAUAUCGGUGUGGGAAGCAAUCUUUGCGUUGAUUUCAUUCUGCAAAAACAAAUUUCAAGUGCUAAAGAAUAAACACAUGUCAUGCAUAACCUA